UGCAGCACAGAAAGAAGAAAGCUAAACGGAGACUGAAUGUUAAACUUUCACUCUGUACAUUAAGUUUAAUGGUUGUAUCAACGGCUUCAUAUGACAGGAAAUGAUCUGGGCGUUUUGUUCACUUAUUCUGGAUGCCCUUAGUUUCACAGAGCAACUGGUAACAUGGAUUGCACCUCGGAAGGGGACAGCUGAACUCUCCUCCAGCUUAGUGAGGAAAGAGCAGCGAUGAAAUCCGUGGACUGUGUGCACGUCAUCCAACAGAAGGAUACCGCCUCCUCUCCCUCUGCCCCCCCUGGUGCUGCUUCAGGCACCACGGGACUUUUUUCUGUCACAUUCCUGUGGCUUGCAAUGCUCCUGUCCUCGUUGUCUUGCAGCAGUGUCUCUUUACCAUGUUCUCUAACCCUGAAAACAGAGCUAGAAGCUCUGCGCCAUGAGCUGAUCUACAGGGUCCAGGCAAGGUCUCCGCUAGAGCAGCCAGCCGUCUCCCCUGAUGAUGAGAAAGCGGGUGCCCCUGUUUCUUCCUUCCUGCCCUCUGCAGCUGGUGCCAGGCAGGAGAACAAGCUUCCUGGCCAUAGCCCAGCUGAAAGUUUCCGAAAGGAAAUCUCGAAUGGGAGCAGAAACAGGGGGAGAAGGUCUGUCGUCCACACGGAGGAAACAGUGCUGCAGGCCUGCUUGCAACUGAUCGCUGACAGCAAAAGUGAUAUCCAACAGAAAGAUGAUUCAAGCAUUGUCCCUUGGCUUCUGAGCUUUAAACGUGGAACAGCUCUGGAAGAACAUGGAAAUAAAAUAGUGAUCAAAGAAACAGGAUAUUUUUUCAUAUAUGGCCAGGUUUUAUAUACAGAUACAACAUUUGCUAUGGGACAUCUAAUACAGAGGAAGAAGGCCCAUGUGUUUGGUGAUGAUCUGAGCUUGGUGACAUUAUUUCGCUGCAUACAAAAUAUGCCACAGUCUUAUCCGAAUAAUUCUUGCUAUACUGCUGGCAUUGCAAAAUUAGAAGAAGGGGACGAACUUCAACUUACAAUACCACGAAGAAGAGCCAAAAUAUCCUUGGAUGGCGAUGGUACUUUUUUUGGUGCAGUCAGACUCUUCUGAAGUUCUUCGUUUCUGUUAUUAUGCUUAGUGCAGUUUUCUUCUUUUCCAAUGCAUUUUUCAGGAAAAAAAAUUGAAUUUUAAUAAAGCUGCCAAUUCAGUCUCUCUCCCACACCACCAGCUUCUGAAACCUUUUCUUCAGUUUAAUAAGCAAACCCAAAACAGGAAACACACCAGACGUACUUGUGAGAUAAAAAUGUCAUGUGAUUACCAGAAAGCCAAUUUAUUUUAGACAAUGGGAGACUCUAAACAACAGCUGUAAAGAUAUGGUUUUUGGCUUUGAAGUAAUUUCUUGUCCGUGAAGCAAAUCAAAGAAGAGUUGACCACAAAGUAUAGCAUGAGCAGGACCAUUUUAUUAUCCAGAAAUGGAAAACUAAAACACAAGUGCAUUUUCAUUUUCUUUAUUUCAUCAAAAAAAAAUAAAGUAAAAAAUUUGAAGCAUAAAGGAUGAGGAAGAAUCAUCAAGCACUAGAUUGCCUAUCAUGAUAUGGUGGUGUCAGCUGGUUUCUGUUUAUUUAUUUUUGUUUGUUUUUCUUUGACAUUGAGAUUUAUUUGGGAAGGAAAGUCUAAAUGUACAGGAUAAUUAAGUGAACUCCUCAGAAGUAUAUAGAAUAGUAGCCACUGGCUUGCUUAUCCUCUGUGGACAAAAGAUAUAUACAUUACUAAAGUCUAUUAGUAUUUACUGAUUACAAUUAGUUUUACUGGAAAAUGGACACAUAAGAUGUUUUGAUAGCUCAAUCUUCAAAGUAUUGCUACCCAUCAAGGAAUACGUGCAUGUAAACAAGGCAGGCAUAGAAAGAAAUGUAAUGAAAUUAGACACAAUAUAGCAGGUAUAAUUGGAUUUCUGACUUCAUAAUUUCUGCAGUCAUAUAUAUAUAUGUUGUGUAUAUACAAUAAAUAUAUAUAUGUGAAAGUAUAUGCACACACAUUUGAGUCUUUGACACUUUUUUAUAGGAUUUUGUCUUCUUUUGAACAGAUUAAUCUAUGGAAACAUUGUCGCAUACAUAUUUGUCGUAUUUCUCUUGCUUUUGCUAUGAUCCAUUCUACAAAAUACAGUAAAAAGAAAAAUCCAACAACCCUGAACCAACCAUAAAGUAAUUAAAAAUAUACUUUUGUAUCCCAGAAAUCUGGACUCAAUUCCUAGGAUAACUGUAGGGUUUUUUGUUUGUUUGUUUGUUUUGAGCAAUUUUAAAUAUGUUGUUCAAAUCUGUUUUAAACAAACAAGCAAACAAAAUAGACCUGUAAAAGGACUAAGUAGAUUUUCUUUUCUUCUGUUUCUUUGCUUUUUUCACUCAGAUUUAUUUCUUUCCCCACCCAAGAAUCCAAGUGUACUGCUUCUAAUAGGGUGGUCAAAGCUUUUAGGAGAUACUGUAAUGAAAAAAAUAAAUACUUAUUCCACUGAGCAACAAAGAAGUAUGGAAAUGCUACUGAGGUAGAUAAAAUAUUUAAAACCACAGGAAUGAACUGUGCUUAAUUUGAAAAAAAAAAUGAGUCUGAGAAUUGUGUCAUAUACGCUCAUUCAGUAAAGAAAAGGCGCUUUGUAUGUUGCAGUCUCCUCGUAUCUUUUUAGAAAUAGUGCUGUUUGGUUUGAUUGAGUUCUUAUGGUAAUAGACAAUAAAUAAAAGUGAUAUAGGGCUAGGAAUUAUUGACUAUGGUAAACUGAUGAAACAAUUCAACUUCUCCAUGCUUCAGAAAGACAUUUCAGCAAUGAGGAUAUGUGCACUGGAUUACCACACUGGGAUUUUUGUGAGGCUUAACUAAGGUUUCAGAAUGUCUGGAAGUCCUCCUUCUACAAAUACUUUAAAAUAUUUGUUCUUUAUUUAUGUGACCUGGAGGCAAAACUGAAAUUUGUUAUUACUGUUAGUAGUAGUGGUAUUUUGUAACUUUGAUGUGCUAAGUUUGCCACAAAGAUAUCUUAAAUCCUCUACUGGAGACCUCAGUUUAGCCAAAGUUUGUGUGAGGCCCUGUAGAUAAAAGAAUUAUUAGCAUGCAGUGAGUUGACUCCUAUUACUGAAGUAUAUUAAAGAGGUGACCAGAAUCUCU